CCGACAAGUCAACAGUUCACCACCCACUCUUCCCGCCAAAACAAACGCAGCCCCCCUGAUGAGAGAGGCAAAAGAGUCCGCAACGGGGCCAAAUAAACCCUAGCAUUCAGUCUUCUCUCUCGAAAUCAACAAUGCCGCCCUCUCCGAUCUCCGAUCUCCCCACUUCUUCGGCCGCCGCCGCCUCCAACGAUGUCGAUAACAAUCUCCAGCCGUUCUUCGUUCUCCACAAGGCCUUGCCUCGAAAAUCCGAGAGAAAGUCUUCCGGAUUUGGGACAGCGAAAAGAAAGAUUGAUUUGCCCCCUUCUUCCCUCAAGUCCAUCGAGAAAUCUGAUGUCUCGUCGACUGAAGAAGCCAGCGAUUGGAUCUACGAGCAGCUUCGCCUCGAAGCCUUCAACCGAACCUGGUCCAAGAUUGAUUCCACCAUCAAGGACGUUUUGAGGCAGAUCAAUCUCAAUCUCUUUGAUGAAGUACAAAGCUGGGUUCUUGAGUCAUUCUCCAAAAUCAAAUCCAUCAGGCCACAUAAGAUUUCUGAGAUUCAAAGGCCCUAUCCGCUUGUAACGGAUAUUAUAUGCAGGAAGAUACCCACAGCAUUGAUCUUGACAAAAAAUGUGGAGUUUGUUGAUGAUCUGCUGACGUUUCAAGAGCUUGGUGGGCAUCUGAAAUCUAGUGGAUGCCAUGUGGCUUACCUAACAUCAUUGGAUUUCUCGGUUAAGCAUGGGAUAUCUGGCUGUCUUAGAAGCUUGUUGAGACAGUUGGUUUCAGAGGCUCCUGAUAUGGCUGAUAUUUCUAUUCUGGCCUCAUGGUAUUGUGAGCCAGAGAACUGUGAUAAUCCUGUCCUUGUGAUAAUUGAUGAUAGUGAGCGAUGCUGUGGUGCUGUCCUGGCCGACUUCAUCACAAUGCUAAGUGAAUGGGUGAUCAAGAUUCCAAUCAUCUUUAUAAUGGGAGUUGCAACAACUUUUGAUGCCCCAAGGAGACUUCUUCCAUCAGAUGCACAGCAACACUUGCAUCCUUGUAAGUUCACAUUGGGAUCUCCUUGUGAGAAGAUGAAUGCAUUAAUUGAGUCUGUUCUUGUAAAAUCAUGUUCUGGAUUCAGUAUUGGUCACAAAGUUGCAGCAUUCUUAAGAAACUAUUUCCUUCGACAUGAUGGAACAUUUACUUCUUUUGUAAGGGCUCUAAAGCUUGCAUGCGUUAAACACUUUGAAAUGGAGCCUCUGAGUUUUCUGGGCCUUGACAUACUUGAUGAAGAUUCUGAGAUUUUCCAGCAAGGCCAGUGUGAUUCAUUGCCUGACUCUUUGCGUAAUCAUGCUUUCAAUCUUCCAUCUUGUCAAAGGGAAAAAAUUCUCAAAGGCACUGGUGGAAGUUUGGUACAUGGGCUAACUGAGCUGAGGAGGCUGCAAAAGUGUUGGAGUUCUGUUGUUAUGUGCUUAUUUGAAGUUGGAAAACGAAAAAAUAUGCAACUACUAGACAUUUUCUGCGAGGCCAUCGAUCCAACUCUCUACAACCUGAGGGCUUUAGAUCACAACUUGCAGUUAUCUUCAUUGAUCGGUCGCAAUCUCAUUGAGGGAAAGUCUAGUUCUGCUAAAGGAGGAUUUAUUGCUCAGGCAAUACAACAGGUAAGGGAGCUCCCAGCAGCAUCACUUUCUCAUUUGCUUAACAUUUGGGGUGUCCACACAGGGGAAAUGAAUGAGAUUCAGGAUAGAGUGAGAGAACUUCAAUCCAUAAUAAGUUCUGGAGGAGGUGGCCUGAUUUUCAAAGAAAAAUGCACAGAUAUUCAUAAGCGGUCAAGAUCAUUGAGUGCAGGAAAGGGAACAUUGUCAGUGAAUGACAAAGCUGCUAUGCUGUUGGAUGGGAUGGUCAGGAAAUUUUUGAUGCCCAUUGAGUGCGUACCGUUCCAUGAAAUAGUUUGCUUCAAACAUGUAGAUGUUCUACAAUCAGCUUUAAUUGGAGAUCCAAGGAGAACAAUUCAGGUUGAUCUUUUGAAGUCCCCAACCUAUCUUCAGUGCUGUUGCUGCAGCAGAGGUGGGAAUGCCUUGUCAUCGUCCAUGCAUGAUACCUCAAUUAUGUACAGUCUUGCCCAAGAGUAUGGUGAUGUUAUCAAUCUCCAUGAUUGGUACCAAUCUUUCAAGGCAACAGUUCUCAGUGCUAGUACUAAAACCAAAUGUAAAUUGCAGCAUUCACCAGCAUCAAAAAAAGUUAAAGCCACACCUUCAGAGAGUGAAGCUACAAUUCAAGCAAGGUUUUGCAGAGCAGUUACAGAGCUCCAGAUUGCAGGGCUUCUUCGGAUGCCAAGCAAGAGGAGACCGGAUUUUGUACAAAGAGUUGCAUUUGGUCUCUAAGCCGUUGAAGUAAUGCGAAUAGUUGGCAACAUAUGAAAUCGAAUACUCGCACCAGAGUCUAACUAUUUCAUUUAUAGUAGAGUGAUUUCUUCCUAUCUGCUGCAAUGUUGAUAUCCAGUCAGCUUUCUCUAUUAUAUGGAUAUAAAGACAAUGUGGGUCUCGAUUUGUUUAAAUACAUUUUUGUUUUUGUAACUGCAGGUAGUCGAUUUAAUUUUGGGGCUUUCCUGAUACCUAUGAUUUAAACUAAAUUCUUUUCGUUGGCUAUCAGUUCAUCC